AUGGGGUCGCAGACGCUGCAGAUCCUCCGGCAGGGGGUGUGGGCCGCGCUCAGCGGGGGCUGGUACUACGACCCGCACCAGGCCACCUUCGUGAACGCGCUGCACCUCUACCUGUGGCUCUUUCUGCUCGGCCUGCCCUUCACCCUCUACAUGGCUCUUCCUUCUUCCAUGAUUAUCGUAGCAGUUUACUGUCCUGUGAUAGCCGCUGUUUUCGUUGUUCUGAAAAUGGUCAACUACCGACUCCACAGAGCCCUGGACGCCGGAGAAGUCGUAGAGAGGAACGCGCGUGAGUUCCCGGAUCAGCGAGCCAAGGCUGAGCAAGGCAACUGUUCAACCAGAAGAAAAGACAGUAACGGACCGAGCGAUCCUGGUGGAGGGAUUGAAAUGUCUGAGUUCAUUCGAGAGGCCACACCUCCAGUUGGUUGCAGUUCAAGAAAUUCUUACGCUGGCCUAGAUCCAAGCAACCAGAUUGGAUCUGGUUCCUCUCGUCUUGGAACAGCAGCAACUAUUAAAGGAGAUACAGACACCGCUAAGACUUCUGAUGAUAUCAGUUUAAGUCUGGGCCAGAGCUCUAGUCUUUGUAAGGAAGGAAGUGAAGAACAAGAUCUGGCAACUGAUCGGAAGCUCUUCCGUCUGGUCUCCAAUGAUUCCUUCAUCUCCAUUCAGCCUUCCUUAUCCUCCUGUGGGCAGGACUUACCAAGGGACUUCAGUGACAAAGUGAGCUUGCCGAGUCACAGCCACCACCACCACAUCGAUCAGUCUCUGUCCAAUGCUUGUGAUACGGAAGUAGCUUCUCUCGUCCCUUUACAUUCACACUCUUACAGAAAAGAUCACCGGCCACGAGGGGUACCACGGACUUCGAGCUCUGCAGUGGCUUUCCCAGACACUUCCCUGAAUGACUUCCCCCUCUAUCAGCAAAGACGGGGCUUGGAUCCAGUGAGCGAGUUAGAAUCUUCCAAGCCUCAUUCUGGUUCCAAAGAAUCCUUGGUGGAAAAUUCUUGUUUGUCUGGGGAAUUUCAGCUUGUUGGUGAGCUGAAAAACAGUAAUUCUCAGCCGCCUCCCAGAAGUGGGAAGAGCAAACCUUUGAAGGCAGACAAAAGCAUGGACAGCUUGAGGAGCCUGAGCACGCGGAGUAGCGGGUCAACAGAGAGCUACUGCAGCGGGACGGACCGUGACACCAACAGUACGGUCAGCAGCUACAAAAGCGAGCAGACCAGCUCAACGCACAUCGAGAGCAUCCUGUCGGAGCAUGAGGAGUCUCCCAGAGGAGGAAAGAAGGGUGGCAGGAAGAAAGAGGGUUGUGCGGACCCUGAGGACAAGAGCAGCUGUACCAGUGACAAAAGGACUAGCAGCGAAAAGACCGCCGUGGGAGUGAGUACCAACAGAGGGCUUCAAGAGCCCAAGGAGUCCCGUACCUCCGAUGACGUGCACAAUCAGAGAGGCCUCAGCACCUCUGCGUCCGAAGAGGCCAAUAAAAAUCCCCACGCGAACGAGGUCACGUCACAGGAGGACAAACCACUUGAGAAAACUGCCGAAGACAAAGAGGAGCAGAGUGAGAAGUCUGCUGUUCCAGGGGACACCAAAGUUGCUAAAGACAGUAGUGGAAAGCAAAAGGAAGGGGACGUCCGGCCCAAGUCGUCGGGCUUGAUCCACCGGACAGCCUCUGCCCAUAAAUCAGGCCGGAGACGGACAGGGAAAAAACGGGCCAGCAGCUUCGAUUCAAGUCGGCACAGGGACUAUGUUUCCUUCCGAGGUGUUGCUGGCACAAAGCCACACAGUGCUAUAUUCUGUCACGACGAGGACUCGAGUGACCAAAGUGACUUGAGCAGAGCGUCGAGUGUCCAGUCCGCCCACCAGUUCAGCAGCGAUAGCUCUUCUAGCACCACUUCUCAUUCGUGUCGGUCUCCCGAGGGCAGGUACAGUGCCCUGAAGACCAAACCCGUCCCUAAAGAAAGGGGCGCUGACUCCGAUCAUGCACACAAAGCCCACCUGGGUCCUGACGGAGCUGGCAAAAAGCGGACGGCACGUCGGACUUCCAGCACAAACAGUGCCAAGACUCGGGCCCGGGUGCUGAGCCUGGACAGUGGCACGGUGGCGUGUUUGAAUGACGCCAACAGGCUGAUGGCGCCCGAAAGUAUAAAACCCUUAACCACUUCAAAAUCAGAUCUCGAGGCCAAAGAGGGAGAGGUGCUAGAUGAGCUGUCUUUAUUGGGCCGGGCUUCCCAGUUAGAGACGGUCACUCGGUCCAGGAAUAGCUUGCCAAGCCCGGUUGCGUUUCCUGAAGGCGAGGAGCAAGAUGCAGGCGGAGGAGCGGCACAGGCCAGCGAGGAGGCAGUGUCCUUUCGCCGCGAACGCAGCACAUUUAGGCGCCAGGCAGUUCGGCGCCGGCACAAUGCAGGGAGUAACCCUACCCCUCCUACAUUGCUCAUCGGAUCACCCCUAAGCCUUCAAGAUGGUCAGCAAGGCCCGCAGUCCACAGCCCAGGUCAAAGUCCAGUCCCGCCCCCCUUCCCAGGCUGCAGUGCUCAGUGCUAGUGCGUCCUUGCUGGUGAGAAAUGGGAGUAUCCACUUAGAAGCCUCACAUGACAAUGCAUCUGCUGUAGGCGGCAGCAGUUUGCACGAUGAACUUGGUAAGUUCUCUUCUACGCUUUAUGAGACUGGUGGCUGUGAUAUGUCACUUGUGAAUUUUGAACCAGCAGCAAGAAGAGCAUCCAAUAUCUGUGACACGGAUUCUCAUGUAUCCAGUUCUACCUCAGUUCGAUUUUAUCCACAUGAUGUGCUCUCUCUUCCGCAGAUUCGAUUGAACAGACUAUUGACCAUCGAUACAGAUUUGUUGGAGCAACAAGACAUUGAUCUAAGCCCUGACUUGGCAGCUACUUAUGGGCCAACAGAAGAAGCUGCUCAAAAGGUCAAACACUAUUACCGCUUUUGGAUCUUACCCCAGCUGUGGAUCGGCAUUAACUUUGACAGACUCACACUUCUGGCCCUGUUUGAUAGAAAUCGUGAAAUUCUGGAAAAUGUGUUAGCUGUCAUCCUGGCUAUUCUUGUGGCUUUUUUGGGAUCUAUUCUUCUCAUACAAGGCUUCUUCAGAGAUAUCUGGGUCUUCCAGUUCUGCCUAGUGAUAGCCAGCUGUCAAUACUCACUGCUGAAGAGUGUUCAACCAGAUUCUUCUUCUCCCAGACACGGCCAUAAUCGUAUCAUUGCCUACAGUAGACCAGUUUAUUUCUGUUUGUGUUGUGGUCUUAUUUGGCUCUUGGAUUAUGGUAGCAGAAACCUUACUACAACCAAGUUCAAAUUAUAUGGAAUAACUUUCACUAAUCCUCUGGUGUUUAUAUCAGCCAGGGAUUUAGUUAUAGUGUUUACACUCUGUUUCCCAAUAGUAUUUUUCAUUGGUCUCCUGCCUCAGGUGAAUACAUUUGUAAUGUACCUUUGUGAGCAAUUGGAUAUUCAUAUCUUUGGUGGUAAUGCCACUACAAGCUUGCUUGCAGCACUUUACAGUUUCAUCUGCAGCAUUGUGGCAGUUGCCUUACUGUAUGGAUUAUGUUAUGGCGCUUUAAAGGAUUCCUGGGAUGGCCAGCAUAUUCCAGUACUUUUCUCCGUUUUUUGUGGUUUGUUAGUGGCAAUAUCCUAUCAUCUCAGCCGACAAAGCAGUGAUCCAUCUGUACUUUUCUCUUUGGUGCAAUCCAAGAUUUUUCCAAAAACAGAAGAGAAAAAUCCAGAAGACCCUCUGUCUGAAGUAAAAGACCCACUGCCUGAAAAACUUAGAAAUUCUGUUAGUGAGCGUUUACAGUCUGACCUGGUAGUAUGCAUCGUAAUUGGUGUGCUAUAUUUUGCUAUUCACGUAAGCACAGUGUUCACAGUGUUGCAGCCUGCUCUCAAGUAUGUGUUGUAUGCAUUGGUCGGCUUUGUGGGUUUUGUAACCCAUUAUGUGCUGCCUCAGCUUAGGAAACAGCUGCCAUGGCACUGCUUCUCCCACCCUCUGCUGAAGACCGUGGAGUACAACCAGUACGAAGUUCGGAAUGCAGCCACUAUGAUGUGGUUUGAGAAACUUCACGUGUGGCUUCUUUUUGUGGAGAAGAAUAUCAUCUAUCCAUUGAUUGUUCUCAAUGAACUCAGUAGCAGUGCAGAAACAAUUGCUAGUCCAAAAAAACUGGAUACAGAAUUAGGUGCUUUAAUGAUCACCAUUGCUGGUCUGAAGUUGCUACGAUCCUCUUUUAGCAGCCCUACAUAUCAGUAUGUUACAGUCAUCUUUACUGUGCUCUUUUUCAAAAUUGACUAUGAAGCAUUUUCAGAGACCAUGCUGUUGGAUCUCUUCUUCAUGUCCAUACUCUUCAACAAGCUUUGGGAACUCCUUUAUAAGUUGCAGUUUGUAUAUACUUACAUUGCGCCCUGGCAAAUUACAUGGGGUUCUGCUUUCCAUGCUUUUGCUCAGCCCUUUGCCGUGCCCCAUUCAGCCAUGUUGUUUGUUCAGGCUGCUGUAUCCGCCUUUUUUUCUACUCCACUAAAUCCCUUUCUGGGAAGUGCAAUAUUCAUCACUUCAUAUGUUCGACCUGUGAAAUUCUGGGAGAGAGACUAUAACACAAAACGGGUGGAUCAUUCAAAUACCAGAUUGGCUUCCCAGCUUGAUAGAAAUCCAGGAUCAGAUGACAACAAUCUGAAUUCCAUCUUUUAUGAGCAUUUAACCAGAUCCCUACAACACAGUCUCUGUGGUGAUUUGCUCCUAGGACGAUGGGGAAAUUACAGUACAGGCGACUGUUUCAUUCUUGCCUCUGACUACCUCAAUGCAUUAGUACACCUUAUAGAGAUAGGCAAUGGGUUGGUCACUUUCCAGCUGCGGGGACUUGAAUUCAGAGGUACUUACUGUCAACAACGGGAAGUGGAGGCCAUUACUGAAGGCGUUGAAGAAGAUGAAGGAUUUUGCUGUUGUGAACCUGGACAUAUUCCUCAUGUGCUUUCAUUUAAUGCUGCGUUUAGCCAGCGCUGGCUAGCUUGGGAAGUGAUCGUCACUAAGUAUAUUCUGGAGGGUUAUAGUAUCACUGACAACAGUGCUGCCUCUAUGCUCCAAGUCUUUGACCUUCGGAAAGUACUCACCACUUACUAUGUCAAGGGUAUCAUUUAUUAUGUUACAACUUCUUCUAAACUGGAGGAGUGGCUAGCCAAUGAGACAAUGCAGGAAGGACUACGUCUGUGUGCAGAUCGAAAUUAUGUUGAUGUGGACCCAACAUUUAACCCAAACAUCGAUGAAGACUAUGACCAUCGACUGGCUGGCAUAUCUAGAGAGAGUUUUUGUGUGAUUUACCUCAACUGGAUAGAGUACUGCUCUUCCCGAAGAGCAAAGCCACUGGAUGUAGACAAAGAUUCAUCCCUAGUGACUCUUUGUUACGGACUUUGUGUUCUGGGACGGAGAGCUCUGGGGACCGCAUCCCACCAUAUGUCCAGUAAUUUAGAGUCAUUCCUCUAUGGAUUGCAUGCCCUAUUUAAGGGAGAUUUCCGUAUUUCUUCAAUUCGAGAUGAAUGGAUCUUCGCUGACAUGGAAUUGCUAAGGAAAGUAGUCGUCCCGGGAAUCCGCAUGUCCAUUAAACUUCAUCAGGAUCAUUUCACUUCUCCAGAUGAGUAUGACGACCCUACUGUGCUCUACGAAGCCAUUGUGUCUCAUGAAAAGAACCUCGUAAUAGCCCAUGAAGGGGACCCUGCAUGGCGGAGUGCGGUCCUCGCCAACUCUCCCUCCCUUCUUGCUCUGCGGCAUGUCAUGGAUGACGGCACCAAUGAAUACAAGAUCAUCAUGCUCAAUAGACGCUACCUGAGCUUCAGGGUCAUUAAGGUUAAUAAGGAAUGCGUUCGAGGUCUUUGGGCAGGACAACAGCAAGAGCUUGUGUUUCUACGUAACCGUAACCCAGAGAGAGGUAGCAUCCAGAAUGCCAAACAAGCUCUGAGAAACAUGAUAAACUCAUCUUGUGACCAACCUAUUGGCUACCCAAUCUUUGUCUCACCCCUGACGACUUCUUACUCUGACAGCCAUGAACAGCUGAAAGAAAUCCUUGGGGGACCUAUCAGUUUGGGAAAUAUCAGAAACUUCAUAGUGUCAACCUGGCACAGGUUAAGGAAAGGCUGUGGGGCCGGCUGUAACAGCGGGGGCAAUAUUGAAGAUUCUGACACUGGAGGCGGACUGUCCUGCACUAGCAACAAUGCAGUGAGCGCCAGUGACCCCCACAGCAGUGUGUCCCAGGGAAGCACUGGAAAUCCAGGGCAAGGGUCAGGAGCCGGACUCCAUCCACCGGUCACAUCUUAUCCUCCAGCACUAGGCACUAGCCACAGCUCCCACUCCGUGCAGUCCAGCCUGGUCAGACAGUCCCCCGCUCGCGCCUCAGUGGCCAGCCAGUCCUCUUACUGCUACAGCAGCCGGCACUCGUCCCUCCGGAUGUCCACCACGGGAUUUGUGCCUUGUCGGCGCUCUUCCACGAGUCAGAUAUCGCUUCGAAACUUACCGUCCUCCAUCCAGUCCCGCCUCUCCAUGGUGAACCAGAUGGAGCCUUCCGGUCAGAGCGGCCUGGCCUGUGUGCAGCACGGCCUGCCUUCGUCCAGCAGCUCCAGCCAGAGCAUCCCGGCCUGCAAACAUCACACUCUCGUGGGCUUUCUUGGGACCGAGGGAGGUCAGAGCAGUGCCACUGACGCCCAGCCAGGCAACACCUUAAGUCCUGCCAAUAAUUCACACGCCAAAAGGGGGGAAGUGAUUUACAGAGUCCAAAUUGUAGAUCCCAGUCAAAUUCUGGAUGGGAUCAACCUGUCAAAAAGGAAGGAGCUGCAGUGGCCUGAUGAGGGUAUUCGGUUAAAAGCUGGGAGAAACAGCUGGAAAGACUGGAGUCCUCAGGAGGGCAUGGAAGGCCAUGUGAUUCACCGAUGGGUGCCUUGCAGCAGAGAUCCAGGUACUAGAUCCCACAUCGACAAGACAGUACUGCUGGUCCAGAUUGAUGAUAAAUACGUGACUGUGAUAGAAACUGGGGUACUAGAACUUGGGGCUGAAGUGUGAGCCAGUGUCGGAUGACUGCGGUUCUUUGCCCUCUCCGUUCCAAGCCGUUGGAAGAAGAGAGGAGAGCGUGGAAGGUGCCUGCAGGUAUCCCUCGGCUCCGGUAGGGGAGAGACGGGGACGGAGAGCGGGCUUGGUUCUGCGCCUCGCCUUCGUCCUUCACGCCGACUCCUGUCACUGUCUCCAUCCCCAAAUAAAGCUGAAAUAUUUUUUUAAGUUAGCUGCCGAGAAAACAUUCUGCAUGAAGGAUAAAGUUCUGUUAAAAAUACAUCCUUAAAGAAAGUUUUUUCCUAUGUAUUGCCUAUGCUUUACAUCAACAAACUCUUCAUUUCUAAACUAUGAUCUCAUAUUUUUCUAAUUUCUUUGCCAAAAAUAAUUGCCAUGUUUUGUCACAGAACAUGAAAUCCAUUUACCUUGAUUUUUAAGAACAGACCAGUGUAGAAACCUUCAGUUUGACAUUUAGCCGUCUGAACGUUUAAUGUACAGCGAAAGAGACUAUGAACAGACAUAGAUUUAUCUUACUCCUUGAGCGCUAAAAACUUUAUUGAGAAAACUGCACUAAUUUUUUACAACAAUGCACUAAAGUCUGAGAUUUCUCAGAACGUUUAUUUAUAUAUAAAAAUAAAAUACCAUUAUUUAAAUUGCCUUUGGGAUUAAGCCCUUCCCUUUCCCUAAAACAUACAUAGCAGGAACUGUGCUGCUCCUUUUCUGUUAGAGUCUGUACUUCAUGCCAGUCCACUGGGUGUUUCCUUUAAAAGCUCACUAGAUUGGAAGACACUCUUAGCUUCGCCUUUGGCAUUCCCCAGCGAUAACAGCGCAUCGGUCCUGUGAACACUACUGCCAGCUCCUGUGUCCACAUGUCAGAUGAGCCCCAGCACCGCGUGUGCCCCAGGCCCUCAGCUUCUCUGCACUUGGGGCAAGCUCUGCCGGGGUCCGUUCUGGGAAGAAAAUAUUUUUGUUUUUCAAAGACGAAGAUGAACAUCCAGGAAUUUAAAGAAAGAAUUGAUUGCUUUUCUUUUAAGAGGUAUUAGCUCUUGAAGGGACUCACAUGCAGUUCAGUUAAUCAAGUAAAAUUUUUUCAAGCGAAAUUCUCCAAAUGGUGCAGUUCUGAUUGUUACAUCCCUCUCUAAAUAACCUUGCCUUUUAUUUGCUCCUGUCUUCUUUUUCUAUUACUUGAAUUUUAUUUCCUGUAAUUUAUAGUAUAUAGGUGUAAUUUGAGAUAUUUAUAACUGUGAAAUUGACUUAAUAUGUUGUCUCAUAAAUUUUAUUGGUUUUUUUUUUUUUUUAAAAAUCUGUGUAUUCAGGGAAAUCUAUAAUUCACAUUUACAAUCGGGCUGGGUGGAAACUGCAGUUUAGAUUUAAUUUCCAACUUUAGGCAUUUUUUAGAGCCUCCAAAAAACUUUCCCCUUUUGGGUGAAACUCCAAAGACGACUCUGUGUCUCGUGUGAGCAUUUAGGAGCAGCCAUCUUUCUACCCCGCUGCGAGUAGGCGGUGAAAAGGAGCAGGUGAAAUUGAUUUUAGUCGUACAGUUGAGCGGAUCUAGCGCGCCCGAAGUGUUCCUCGUUCAGCGCGUGGCACUAGCCAGAUUCCCAGUACGCACUGGCCACACGUGCCUGGCGGCUCCCGCAUCGGACGCCAACACUUCAGUAGAAGGGAGGAAAACUGAGGAAAUCAGUAGCUAAGAAUACACCACCCGACUGCAUUUUCGUCUGUAAGGCCCUUUUCUAAUUAAAAAUUUUUGUGGUAAUUCAGAACCCAGUGUGCCUCGUGCUGAUGUUUCCAUACUUCACACUUCGCCAAAUUUACUGUUUAAAAACAUUUGUUGAGUGAUUUCCUGAACCUUUGCACAAAGGGUACCUUUGCUAAAUUGACCAAUUAAAAUGUAUUUUCCUGAUAACUGUCGUGACAUUCUGUAUUCCGUAUUUGCCUCAUUUUGGCAAAUCUGCAGCACGUCAUUAAGGUUCAGGCUGUUAAUUUUUUUUCUUCUGAAACUGAAUAUAUAUGAUCUGUCUAACCAUCUAUGUUUAUUUAAGAUAUUCUCAAAGGAGUUAUGAUUCCCGCUGCUUGUUCUCUUUCUGAAAUGAAUAUGAUCUUUUCGUGGCCAUUACCUAAAUGGGAAGAUAAGUGGAGCCCUUUCAGUCUUAAGUAGAAGAUAAUUCAUUUUCCUACACGGGGGAAAGAAAAUCUAAGCUUCAGGUGAUUCAGUCAGAAGAGUUAGAAUUAUUUGUAUUCCUAACCUCGUACCCCCAAUUUUUAAACACAUUGCAUACUCUAAAAAUGCAAGACUAGAUUUUAUACAAAACAUAUAUAUUGCAUCUUGAUUUGGGGUAGUACCUAUGGACUUUCAUCUCAAAGCAAGUCGAAUUUUAUUAUCAGAUAGCCCUUCCGUGAAUUUAUCAAUUAGGAACCCCUAACAGGAGCCCUGUUCUUGUUUUUUUAAGUCUAAAACUGAUAGUCUUUUGAAAGUCAAAAUACUUUUCUAAUAAUUAUGUCAGAGGAAGCAGUGAUCAUUGAAGGAAAGGUUCUUAACAAUAAUUGGACCUGAGUGAUUACAUACAUAUAUACAUGCUUCCAUUAAGUAAUUGAUCGUACUGUCUUAUUCUCCCUCCCAGCCCACCUUGGAGAACAGUGAGCUGUUUGUCAAGAUUCCCCAAUUAACUUUCUUCAUUUAGUGUGGAAGACUCGAGUAUACAUAUGCUAGUGUUUUUAGUUCAUAAUUGCCAAAACUUUCAGAGUUCCAUAAUUAGAAAAUAAAAAUAUGGAAUUAAAAUACUAGCUUUUUACACAUUUCUCUUAAACAGAGUUUCAUUGGUAUCUCUCUCGUCUUUUUCUUGUUUGAUUUUGUUUUUCCUUCUUUUGAGAGAGAGUCCUGGAGUAGAUUAUAAAUUGUUAGCUUUUCCCCCCUUAUUUCUUCUCAUUCAGUGGCAAAAAUCACUUUAUAACUCAAAAUUAAGCUUUUAGUUAAUCUUCCAGCAUAUAACUUUGGUGUGAGCCCUCUUUUUGCACCACUUUAAAUACUUGAUAAAACUUUAAAUGUUCACUUUUUUCUAAAGUAUUCUUAAUUUUCCAAGAGUCUAGAUUCAUGUAAGCUGUUGAUAGCUAAGGGGCUUGGGAGAGUAGGUGGUGAGGCUGUGUAUUUUUCAGGUAAGAGGAAAUUAAUUACCUUUCAGGAAAUUAAUGAACAGACUUCAUCAGUGUUCUUCAUUCUUUGAGUUUCUAUUAUAGGAAGAUGAGCUUCCAUUAGAUUUGAAGUAGUUUUAAAAAUAUUUCAAGUAUAUCUGAGAUACUUCUACUAAUCCUCGAAACAGAGAUAGUCAAUGUUUCUAUCCUAAGUAAGGUGUGGAAAAUUACUCUGUGUACCAAAUGUCAGGCAAUGAAAACAGCAAGUUUUUACGUAGAGACCAAGCUCAUUAGGGAGAUGUGUCUUUCUUCCCGAGUUGCUUUAUUUUUCUAUCUUCUAACAAUAUAUUAAAAAAAAAAAAAAAAAAAAGCCUCUGAUCUAAGCAAGGGUAGCUUAGCCUUAAUAAAUUCCACUUUGCUUCCGAGCAGCGUCCUUCUGCCUGUGCUUAGAAACUCUUCGUUUGGCAGAUUGUUGCAUUGAGUCCCUCAUCCAGAACAAGGUCUUUCAACUGAGGAUUUGCCCAGGGUCUAAAAUUAUCUUCUUCUUUUAGUUAACUUUCAAAACUCUUUCCUUCUAAAUAAAUGACUUGAGAAAAAGAUACCUUAGUAAUUUUGCUUGAGAAGUCUUUGAAUUUAUGUUUACAAGCUAUUGAACUACAAACUGCUGCCCAGAUUCAUUACUUUUUGUUUAUCUUCCUCAUUCUUCCAUUAAUAUAGACAGUCCCCCACCCUUUUGUUUAAGCCCUCAGGCUUCAUUCUUAUUCUUUUCUGUAGUGUAAUAUCAUCACGCAAACUUACUUUACCUGGACACAGACCCAGUCCAUUUUCCUUUGAUAUGAUAAAUUGUUCAGGUAAGGUAUACAAAAUCAAUUUUUAUUCCAGAGGCUUUUCUUGUAAUUCUAAAAUGAGUGGAAAAACAAUGUCAAUCAAGGCGAAAAUGGUACAUGGAACCUGUAAAUGGCCUAUGAACUUUUGGUUUCAGUCUCAUGUGGAAAUUGAGUUUUAUUGAUCUAGAGAAAGAGGAAAAUCAGAUAGGACCAUGUAUUUGUGCAGCAUAAGUUUUAAUAUCACAUUGGUCAUCUGUAGGGGUUUUUACCUAAGUAUUUAAAAACCAGCCUCUCACUUCUUCAUUUCUCUAUUGAAAAAAUCUGGUUGGUAUACACCUAGGACUUCUCAUUUUUAACUUGUGAAAUGUUUAGGUAAGAACUGUGACUGGAAAGGAAUUAAUUAUUAUACAAAUAGAUCUGGUAGGUAUGUGAGUGGAGCAUUAAUUUUGCUUGAAACAAGUAUAUUUGCUGCUUUGAAUCACCUCAGCAGAGUCAUCUGUCAAGAAGUAUGUAUGAUAAGAAUUUCUCCUUACUGCCUAUCGGCCACAUGUUCUUUCUGACGUAGAGUAGAUAAGUUCUGUUUGCGAGCUAGACUUUAAUAUCUGCCAUUUUAUGGAAGCAACGCAACGUUCUUUCGGGGCACGAGAGCCGAUGGGGGAACUUCAUCGCGAGGUUACAUGACCACUCUGUCCUAAGACUUAUACCUAUUAUAUAGGGUCAGAACUUUUUCUUAUGCCUCAGCUCUGCACCUGACGAUUUAUGACUCGGUGGGGCCACACUAGAAGAACAACAGUCGUGUAAGAUGGUGGGAGGGUCGGAUGCUCGGGUGUUGCUCUCACAGGUGACGUGGUGCCCUGGAUUCCAAACAGAGUAGCAGGUAGAAAAUGAGAUGGCUGCUCCAGAUGACUCCUGGGUUUAGUGUGACUGUGGUUAAACAAGAUUUUUUAAUAUGUGAAGCUUGAUUCUACAACCAAAAUAACAAAAAUGUGGGGGAAAUCAUGUCUGCUUAUGCUUUUUAAAGCUUUCAGUUUAAGUAAAAAUAAAUUGUAAAAACUGAUUAAGCCUAUACAAUGAGCUCUGCAUGAGGAAAUGGAAGGAAGAAGACUCACAGUGGUUCAGGAAGAUCUGUGUGAGGAAGGAAAAUGGGUUUCCCUUUUCUGAUCAUGGGCUCUGAAAGCAUUCAUUGCCUUUACCAGCAUUCAGUAUAAACCAGAGAUAAGAAUACAUGUACUUGCGUGGGUCUGUGAGUGUGUGUGCGUCUGAGUGUUUGUUAUUCUAAAUAGCUUGUAAAUAUUGUAGUUGUUUAAAAUGGAAAAUAAAAGCUGAGAUUGUUUUUUUUUCUUUGCAAAUAUAUUGCAUCAAAAAUACAGUAUUGACAGUGGAUAAAACACUGUGGAAAUAAAUUUUUUUUCAUUUUGC